CUCUGAUCAGCAUUGUGGAGAGCCACUCCGUCACCCCAGCCAUGCACCCCGGGGCUCCCACAGGCCCUGGAGUCUCCGAGGCAGGCCCCCGGGAGCUGUGCGCCUUCGUGAGUGGGGCGGCUGCCCACGUGCUGCGCGCCCUGCACCCGCGGCGGGCCAGGCCCCUCAAAAGGAGGCCCAACCACAGGCGGUUCCUACACAACCAGAUCUGCAGGCAGUUUGCCAAGAUCGAAGCUGCCACCCAGCACCUGGCCAUGUCCAUUCUGUCCCAGGAGGUGCCUCCCCAGAGACCGCCGCCCCAGAGGCCGCCCCCACCACCUCCCUCCCCCUUCCUGGGCGUGGCCUGUGCCGUGGCGCCCACCGAGGCACUGCAUGCUGGCCCCAGCCUGAGUCUCGCUGCCCUGGACGCCUCCACCCUCGACCUCUUUGAGGACAUUGCGCUCCCCCCAGCGUGUCCUUCAGCGCCAUCUGACCUGUCCCUCUGUGUGCUGGGCCAGCCGGCCCUGAGGCAGGACACACGGCUCUACGAUCCCCUGCUCCCUCCACCGCGUUCCCUGGGGGGAGGGGAGGAGCUCUUGGCUUCUGAGGGUCGCUGGGGGGGCAGGUGGGAGGUGUCUUGUGCCUGCCCUUCUCAGGGUACCCCUGCAGGCUGGGGGACCUACUUCCCAUGACACCCAAUCACAACCCAGCCCAGGCUCCCAGAGGGACCAGAGCCCCUGCCAUGACAGCUCAGCUGCCUGCCAGGCAGUCCCCUGUCCCAUCCAUGCCCCUCCUGGCAACCUCUGGCCACGGGAAUCAAGCCCAGACUCCCGCCUCGGCCUCAAGGGUCUUCUCCCAGGUCCAGGGCCCCCAGUUCAGCCUCUGGGAUGGAGGAGGGGGUGCUCUCUCCCUUCCUCACCUUCUCCCUUCUUUCUGCUCAGCCCCACCUCCUUGGUGACUGUCCCCCCACCCCCGGCACCCUCUCACCCUGGUUCAGCUCUGUCUAAUGUCUGGUCUUGUUUAUUCCCAAAGAUCUGCGGGCUGCUUACUGCAUACCAGGCCCAGAUCUGGGUGUGAGGACUCAACAGUGAAUAAAACAGACAUCUCUGCCCUCACAGAGUUGACAUGGCAGGGUGGGGGGGGGGGUAAAGUUGGGAGCGCUGAAAAUAAAUGACUAUAUCCAUACUUUUUUUUUUUAAGGCAAGAUAAAUUUCCAAUUUCAGAUUGGUAUUAGUGCUGGGAAGAAAAUAUUGAUAGGAUGGCAACCCGAUUGGGUGACUCCUUAAUACAGGGUGGU